AAUGUCACCCACUUGACCCCAUUUGCAUAUCCCUCCCUCCAUGAAUCAUUUCAGUACCAAAUGUUAUGUCAUUUCCAAACUCCUCUCUUCAUCUAUAUAUAUAGAGAGUCAUGGUUACAGUCCAAAUUAAGCAAUUCAAGUCCAAGAAUUCUCUAAGCAUCAAAAAAGAAUUAAGCAUAAUGGGUUUCAGUUUGCGUGGUCUUCAAAGGCGUGUGGAUGUCCCAAAGGGCCGUGUAGCAGUGUAUGUAGGAGAAAAUCAAAAGAAGCGCUUUGUGAUUCCCAUAUCAUACUUGAACCAACCUUCAUUUCUUGAGUUGUUGAAUCAAGCUGAGCAAGAAUUUGGAUUUGAUCAUCCAAUGGGUGGCCUCACAAUUCCUUGCAAUGAGAAUGUCUUCCUAGAUGUCACUUCUCGCUUGCAUAGCCGAUAGAUUAAGGAGCUCAAUUAACAUAGAUAUAUCAUGCAAGUGUCAAUAUUGAUAAACUAAUUAUAUAGUUUUGUAGAAAUGACAAAGUCUAACCUUGUAGACUUUUUCUUCUUUCCAUUUUGUUCCCCCAAGGAAACGGAAUGAUGUACUGAUUGUACUCUAACAGAGAAUUCUAUGAACAAAGAUUAUUAGACUUUUUCUUCUAA